AAAUUCGAAAAUUCCAAAGUUCAAAAAUCUAAAUUAUUUGUUUGGCUACUAGAGCAACUGCUGCUGCUUGAGAAUGAUGAACAGAUCAUUGGCGAUGCUAGAGGGACGCUUACGUUCGCAACGACUGGAGCCAGCAGUCUCAAGGCCAACCAGAACCACGACACUGCGACGUCAGGUCUGUGUUAAUAUUGAGGCUAAUGGCUCUAGUCCGUGUAUGAGACAGCGGCGGCGAAGGAAAAGGGAAUUGCAGAUGCCUUACCCAUACCCAUACCCACCGAUUUUAAUGCCCAUGGACGACUUUGAGUCGCAGACAAAGCGGGACCUGCACUGUGGCUAUCCAGUUACAGGCGGUUUCUUGUUUCAGCAUCCUCAUUGGGAACAGUAUCCCAUGGAGCGCACAAAAUCCGGCCAGGAGUAUGCCAUGUAUGCACCCACUCUAGAGCGAAAUAAUCUCGCGCGCAGCCUCUAUACCAACGUCAAUAGUACAGGUUCCAUGGACGAGCUGAAGGGCAUUGCGAGCACACUGGAGAACAGUCUGCACAAUUUUCUAACAAAUGCAGAAACAAUAGAAUCGGAGCCAGUCCACGAUGGUUCCUCCGCCCCUGAGGAGUCUACGAGAAGCAGAAAUUAUGUGUCAAUAGGUCCGCAAGAGAGCAAGACGCAGCAACUGACGGAUCUGAUGUGCGACACCAUCCACAGGUUGAACAGUUUCAUCUGCAGCCAGACACAGAUUGGGGAGCCGCAGCCAACAUAUAACUUUGGCCUGGGCCCGGAAGGAUUGAAGAGUCAUAGCCAUCUGCUGCAUCCCAGCAUAAUGAUGAUGGUGCCAGCAAAAAGCAGUCAUCCCAUUCAGCCGCCAGUCGAGUCCACUGAAGCCAGCACUCAGACGAGAUCUAGCGUUGUGCGGACGCCCUGGCUGCGUGAGCGAAGGCGAAAGCGUCUGGUGCGACCCACCUAUAUACAGCUGAAGAACCGAGGCUGCAGCACAGAAGAUUUGGCUAUGUGGCCAAGGAUUUUAGAUGCCAUAAGCAAUAUCAAUAGCAGAGAGAAUCAUCUUCAGACGCAACCAAGCAGGAAGAGCAUGCGAGACAGUGGCACCACCAUGUGGUGUCCCAUGGAGUGCUGUCGCGGCUACUGUGGGUGUGCGCAGCUGGGCCAAAUCUGUCAUAAGAGCAAUGAGGAGAAUGGUGCUAACCUGCCGCCACCUUUACCCACAACACCACCGCCAGCAUUGCCAGCACAGGACGAGCACGACUACGAGGUGGCCAGUAAAUGCCUUUACAUUGCAAAUGCCGACUCUCAGUCCACUAUUGGCAGCAGCAUCGUGUCAUCCAGCUACACAUCUGAUAGCCGCAGCGAGGGUGGAAUGCAGAAAACUCAGUUGUCUGUCUCCUACAUCGAGGAGGAGGAGCAAAGGGAAGAGCAUCCGAAGAGAGCAGACAAAUUGGAUGACUGGUACAAGAGUGCCAGCAAGAGUCUGGCCGAACUGGAGCAGGAACAGGAGUGCUACAAAGCCAUCGAGGAGCAACGAAGCGCGCAAAGCACCCGGAACAAACGACUGCAAACCGAACCCGUUUCUAGCUCAGCCUCCAGUGAAGUUAACAUCAGAGUCACCGCCGAUAUGGCCGUCAGCACCAGCGAUCUGAAUGCCUGCAGACUCCAGCAACCAAUCAAGCCCGCCCUGAAGUCGGAGCGUGCAAAGAGCGGCCAAGAAAUUAUGAAGCCAGCCCCAGGAGCAUUUGGGCAACUUUCAAAAGUAAAGUUCGAAGAGAAAGUUCCACAUAAUUGGGAGAAUAUAAUGGCUAAGCCCAGCACGCGAGCAGUGCGUUCAACCGUGGUUCAACAGACACCGAAAGGUUUCGAAAUCAAGACAAGAUUCCUAAAAGAAACCCCAACCCCUAGGGUUCCAUCCACACGGCCUCCGAGACCGUGUCCGCUGAUCAAGAGAAAGUAUCUGCAAGAUGUCCCAACCAAGAAAAAGCGCAUCACAAAAAAGUUUGACUGUUCUCCGCUGAUUGGUCCACCGUCCAACAUACGCAAAUCUCCGCCUGCAUAUCCCUCGGAAUGGUUGCUGGAUUAGCUUCUCUCUCUCUCUCUCUCUCUCUCUCUCUCCUUUUGAGCAGUCUCUGCCAGAG